CACGAACGCGCCUGCCGCGCGGAAUAUCUCGCGAGUUCCCAUCACUGGCUGAGCGUUGCUUUUGACGAAUCUUCAAUCUUCGCCAGCGUCGUGAGACAAUUUUUCGCGAUUUUCUUGUAGCUUAGUAGCUAGUGACGUUGAAACUUGGAUUAAAAAAAACACUGAAAUCAUGGAUUUACUGGGAUCCAUCCUAAAAUCCAUGGACAAGCCGCCGUCGGUGAACGAGAAACAGAAGGCCCUCAUGAAAAAACAGCAGGAGGAAUUUCAGAAGCGUCAAAGGGCCGAGGCAGAAAAGCUCAAGAACUUUCGACAAAAGGUCGAAGAGAAGAUUAGCAAGUUUCUACAGAAUGAUAACGCGAAGGAGUUUAAAUUUCCUGCCAUGGAUCAGAUACACAGGAGCAUCGUUCAUGACGUGGCAGAAGUGGCAAAUGUCUUGGCAUACUCCUUCGGCGAGGAUGGCGUCGACCGGUACAUUAUGAUCUUUAAGAGGGAACACCCACCUUCAGAGGAUCAGCUAAACACACUGCGCAGAGGUGAGGAAUGGAAUGAGGAGGUUGCAAAAAGGCUGAAAGAGGAGAGAGAGAGGAAAGCCAAAGAAGAAACAGAGUACGCACAGUCUAGGAAACGAAAAGAGAAUUUCGUGCCUAAUAGCUUUUACAAGGAUAAGUAUCAGCACCUAAUCGGCAAAGAAGCUGCUUUAGAAGCAGCUAGGAAAACAGAGGCCAACAGCAGUUAUGGAUGUGUUCCUAGCGAAAACAAAAAAGAUCAAAGAAGUAUAGAACAAACUCUAGCCGACAUACGUGCUAAGAAGAGGAAGUUGGAAGAAAUGAAUAACGAGACUAGUAAUUGCAGCGACAACAGUACAAAAUAGUGCUAUUAUAUAAAUAAUCAUAGGCAUACAUAAAUUAUAUAUAUAUUCAAUUAAACAUGUAAAUAAUUCAACAUA